CAGCGAGUUUCGAGCACCGCAGGUCGUUCCUCAAAUAAUUUGUGAUUCCACUGUGGGCAACACAGUCGAAGACGAACGCUGUAGUCUUAUAAGUCGUUUCAGGGGAGUCAGAGAUGCGUAUCCUCUUGGAAUGCUGACGUUGGUGACUCUCAUAGGAGACGCCAUUACUGAACGUCAAUCUGCUGUCAUUUCUCUACAUCCCCGCAAACCUCAAGUUAUCAUCCAAAAAUUGUGCAAAAGAACCCCGAGUCAUCAUGUAUAAAGUAUAUCUCGGCCGAGUGGGUUGUGCAAAGCCUUGAUCUGACGAAAGAGACAACGAAUUUUCCUCACUCUAGUAUCUGCAUUCUGGGCGCGAAAAGAUGGCAGAAGAUUCUGCAUCGCCACAGACCGACGACAAAGCUGCCUUGCAGCAGGUCUUUACGUUGUUGAAAACGCAAGACGAUACAUCGCGCUUUGUGGGCCUUUCGCUUCUGCGAUCAUUGCUCGAUGGAAAAGAGCACCUUCGCAGCGAUGAAAACGUCGUCAAAGACUGUUGGGAGGCGGUGCCCAAUAAAUUUUUGAUACGACUGAUGAAGAGUGGUAAUGGACAGCCAACUGAAGAGCUACGGAGCAUGAAUAGUCUAGCUGUUGCCGUUGUUCACAUCUUCACCAACCUGCUUUCUCCUGAUCAGGUGUCCGGGAAGAAAAUACUGGAGCUUUGCGCACCCCUUGUUAAGGUAACCCCAGUGCUAGAGGCAGCUCCACAGAUGCUGGCAUUUCAGACGCUACAGAAUAUCGUUGGUAGCGCAGCAGGGGCUCACACUUUUGCACGGGCAGGUGGACACAAAGAACUGGCCGGUCCUAUGGUACUAGGAGCCGAGGACCGAUAUGCUCGAGAGUAUCUAAAGCUCUACGACAUCGCAUGGUCAGCAGCACAUCAGGAAGAUGCGAAAAGAUUCAUUUUGCAAGCGGUGACGGAUAGCAUGAGAGACGCUCAGAACACAGCAACUUUACUCGAUGUCAUAGCAGGCAUCUCUCCUCAAUUGACCUUCCUAGGAGAGCCGCAGCCUAUACAGAUUGUCAUUUGUCUCAUUCAGAAAUCAAUCAUGAUGAGACCUACCUCGCAAGUGCGAAACGCAGCAAUCAAGUUAGCCAGUGAGGUGUUACGGCGUGUACAGCCUAGUAACAUGGCGGCGAACGCGCUCUUCACGAAUCAGGUCCCGGAAUCAGCGAGAGGUGAUAAGCCAUUUGCAUAUGUAUUCUUGCAAUAUGUGCUGGUCGACUUGCGUGCUACGAUCCCGACAUUAAUCACGAACCUUGCGUCGACAACCUACCAAAAUGACAGCCUUCGUCUUGCGGCUUGCUACGACAUUGUGGCUGCUUUCAUCAUGUAUCUAAUUCAAUCGACCGAUGUUGACGACAUGGAUAUAACCGAGGGUUCAAAGCCGUCAACAAUGCCGAUCGGCCCUGACUUGCUUCUCAAACUGCGCAGAGACUUGAACGAGACAUUCUCCCUUACUCUCGAAUUUUUCCGCGAUCGUUGGGAUGCCGUAACCGCAGGUGCUGCUGGUCUUGAUCCUUCCGCACGUAUGGACCCGAAAUCACCUGCCAUGCUGACCUGGGACAAUCCAGCAAUUGCACCUGAGCAAGAUCCGAUCAUUCUAUCCGGGCUGCGAGCGUUAUCACUCUGGCUGCGUGAAGAUGAGAAUCCGGGGCUGCACAAGCAAACGAUAGGAAUAGCGGAUAUGCUUGCUGCAUUGUACAAAGAGAGCAUGAAAGCCGAUGCAAAAACAGACUUCCGACAUCCCAUAUUGGUCUUGCUAGAAGGCCUGCUGUCAGCCUCUGAUGAGGCAGUCCAGAUGUUACUUGAUCAUGACGGAUGGGACUUGUUUGCCUCCGACCUUAGACAGACGUCGCAAUCGUCGCAGAGCUUUGCAACAUAUAUGACAGACUUGAUACGUGUGUUGUUGAUAAUAGUUACAUCCGACGCAGUACCGCAAUCGAGAGAAGCGUGGAUGGAGAUCCCUAAGUGGGUUUCCCAUAUUGACAUUGCUCAAACGAAGGACACGGAAGCGUUCGAAGUACUCGCAGAACUCUAUCAAUUAGCGAACGCGAUAUGGGCUAAAGCACCGAAAAGACUGCAGAGGGCUGCAGAAAAGGAGAUGAAGCAAAUAGCUAUGAACGCCUUGUCCAUUGUGAAUCAUAUCGACGCUACGGGCGCGGAUCAAGGCUUAGUCGAUAGCUUUAAGGAAGUGGUUUCCUCAAUGGGGUCGUAGUCAAUGACUGAUGAUGUACGCGUGUGAAUUGUCAUUGAAAAAUCAUCUACUCCAAAAUUAGUUGGAUCUAGUUUUUAGAACAAAUUGCUAUAGAGUGUAAUGUUCUUUUGACA